AUGUUUUUACCUAAGAAUUUCGUUGUAUUUAUGCUGAUGGUUUUGUUCGUUAUCGCUUCUGAUUGUGAUGCUUGGCGAAGGCGUCGUCGACGUCGAUUUGUCUGUACUCCGCGAAGCUGCGAAGUUAGUUAUUGGUCGACCUGGAGCACGUGCAGCACGGAUCAGUGCGGGCAGCAAGGAUCCCAAGGACGAUCAAGAAUUGUACAGUCCUUGCCAAGUUGUGCGGGAGCGCAAUGCCCCGAUCUAAAUGAAACACGACUGUGUUAUGGAAAUAAACCGGUGAACUGUCACUUAAGCCAUUGGUCGUCCUGGAGUGCGUGCAGCACGGAUCAGUGCGGGAAGCAAGGAUCCCAAAGACGAUCAAGAACUGUAGAGUCCUCGCCAAAUUGUGGGGGAGCGCGAUGCCCUGAUCUAAAUGAAACAUGGCUGUGUUAUGGAAAUAAACCGGUGAACUGUAACUUAAGCCACUGGUCAGAAUGGAGCGCUUGCACUACUGUGUGUGGCGUAUCAGGGAAACAGACAACUUCUCGCCAUAAAACGAGAACAGAAAAAUGUGGAGGAAUAUGUACGUCCACCUUCUAUAAAACACGAGCCUGUCGUCUCACGAGUUGUUUAAACGGAGGAAGUUUAGGAGGUGAAACAUGUUUCUGUAAGAAAGGCUUUGGUGGCAAUUGCUGUGAGAAAGAAGGUAACGAAUAUUUAGAGUUAAGCAAAUGUUAG